AUCAACCUACGGACUCUUUUCUUCCCCGAUCUCUCCAUCUCUACUUCGUCUCCCGCUGCCGGUUCUGACUGCCCCAGCGUUGCCGUCCGUUGUCUGGGAAGUCGUGCUUCGCCGCUACUGCACUCAUAGACCCUUCAUCUCCGCUAAAAUGAACUGCUCCAUCUCCGGUGAGAUUCCGGAAGAGCCAGUUGUCUCAAAAAAUUCUGGAUUACUCUUCGAGAAGCGCUUAAUCGAGAGGCAUAUUUUGGACUAUGGGAAAUGCCCUGUUACAGGUGAACCCCUUUCCAUCGAUGACAUUGUUCCAAUCAAAACUGGAAAGAUAGUCAAGCCCCGGCAAGCUGCUAGCAUCCCUGGAAUGCUUGGAAUGUUCCAGAAUGAAUGGGAUGUUUUGGUGCUUUCCAAUUUUGCAUUAGAACAGCAGCUGCAUACAGCUAGACAGGAGCUUAGUCAUGCCUUGUAUCAGCAUGAUGCUGCAUGUCGUGUGAUUGCAAGACUUAAAAAGGAACGGGAUGAGGCUAGGUCCUUACUUGCUCAGGCAGAGAGGCAGAUGCCUUUAUCAUCAACUUCAUUUUCAUCCAAUGCUACUGCUGUCAAUGUUAAUGGGAAAAGAGUUAAUGAGGAUGAGGAAUUGGGUCCUGAUGGGAAGAAAAUACGUCCAGGAAUAUCAGCCACAGUUAUCUCUGAGCUCACAGAUUGUAAUGCUGCUCUAUCACAACAAAGGAAGAGGCGGCAGAUACCUCCUACGUUGGUUCCCGUUGAGGCUUUAGAAAGUUACAACCAGAUUUCUAGUCAUCCACUUCAUAAAACAAGCAAACCAGGCAUUAUAUCUCUUGACAUCAAUCAUGAGAAGGAUGUCAUUGCGACUGGAGGGCUGGACACAAAUGCUGUUCUUUUUGGUCGGUCGUCUGGGGAGAUUUUAUCUACACUAAGUGGCCAUUCAAAGAAGGUAACAAGUGUCAAAUUUGUGGGCCGAGAUGAUUUAUUCUUGACUGGUUCAGCUGACAAGACUGUCCGUGUUUGGCAACAAUCUGAUGAUGGGAACUACGAUUGUAGGCACAUUUUAAAGGAUCAUACAGCUGAGGUCCAAGCUGUAACUGUCCAUGCUACCAACAACUUCUUUGUCACUGCCUCCCUUGAUAACACAUGGUGUUUUUAUGAGCUUGCUUCAGGAUUAUGCCUGACCCAGGUUGCAGAGGAUUCAGAAACGGAGGGCUACACAUCUGCUGCCUUUCAUCCUGAUGGUCUCAUCCUUGGAACAGGCACGUCAGAGGCUCUUGUUAAAAUUUGGGAUGUAAAAAGUCAGAAAAAUGUGGCCAAAUUUGAUGGACACGUUGGUGCAGUAACUGCAAUUUCUUUCUCUGAAAAUGGUUAUUUCCUUGCGACUGCAGCUCAUGAUGGAGUAAAGCUGUGGGACCUUAGAAAAUUGAAGAACUUCCGUACAUUUGCACCUUAUGAUUCAGAAACUCCAACGAACUCUGUGGACUUUGAUCAUAGUGGGUCUUACCUUGCGAUUGCUGGCUCAGACAUAAGGGUUUACCAAGUUGCUAGUGUGAAAUCUGAAUGGAAUUGCAUCAAAACUAUUCCAGAUUUGUCUGGCACAGGGAAAGCAACUUGUCUAAAAUUUGGACCGGAUGCAAAAUACUUGGCAGUCGGGUCAAUGGAUCGAAAUCUUCGAAUUUUUGGUGUGCCUGGGGAAGACGGUGCCAUGGAGGCAUGAGUUUGUAUCCAGAAUUGAAAAUUCCAGAAAAGAUGAACGCUAGCUUCUGAUUAUAUUUGCACGAUUACAGGUUUGAUUUGAAACCAGAUUCCGAAGCAGAGGCAUCUUUUGAGAAGGUUCUCCAGCAAAGUUGAGAGUUCUUUACGCCCAGAUCACCAUGUUGAGCAAAAUAUUUUCGCCAAUUUUUUUCAGUUGUAGUUUGGACUAAUCAGGUUUGAUUCUCAUUUCUAUGAAUGAUUUUGCAGAGGUGUCUGCUGUCCGAACUUCAUGUAGCCAUAGAGUUGUUAAUAUACGCUGACAAUUUUCAUUGACCA